GAUAGAGGGGAGAGGAAGAGAAAGAGAAGAAGAGAGAGGAGGAGAGGAGACAGAGCAUACAGAGGAAAGAGCAAGUGGACUGAGACUACCCCCAAACUCCAAAGCGAGUAGAAAGGAAGAUGAAAAGAGAGUGAGAGAGAAGAAGAGAGGAGCGCAAAGCAUGAGUGGAUUGUGAUAUCCCCUUCAAAAAAGAAGGAGCAAAGAGAUACAGCGGAUGAGAGGAACAGUGCCGGGCGAAGAAGGAGUGAAUGCAGGAAGGGAGGAGGAAGUGAACGAGUGAAAAUACAGCAAGUAUUGCAAGAAGAGGUGUUGCAAGGGGAGCCUUGGAGAAAACAGAUCAAUAUUGGAGGAGCCCCUGGUUGUGGAGGCUACCUGCCUGUCUGUCAUCCCUGCCUGCCUGUCUGUCUGUCAUCCCUGCCUGCCUGCCUGUCUGCCUGUCUGCCUGCCUACUGGAGUUAUGACCUACACUGGGAUAAUCAACCACUGACAAGACCCCAGCCACACUGCCAGAGGGAGGGAGAGAAGAGAGAAGAGAGGAGAGGAGAGGAGGGGGGAUUCUCAGAACUGUCUGUUUCAGAGUGUUCAAGAGAGAGAGAGAGAGAGAGAAGGAGUUGGGGGAGUGUGUGUGUGUGAGAGUGUGUGUAUGUUUGUAUGUGUGUGUGAAAUGUGAGUGUAUGUGUGUGAAAACCUCUGCCUCCCUGGUCAGUUGCAGCUGUGUGUGAGAUGUGCGAUGUGAGGAGGGAGUGUGUGGGUGCGAGCGAGUGUGUGCGAGUGUGUUUGUGAGUGUGUGUGUGUGUGUGUGUGUGUGUGUGUGUGUAUGAGGGGGCGUUUCAGCUGUAGUUUGUAGAUCGGGGUGAGCUCCCGAUACGCCUCAGCUGGGCUCCGCUUGGCUCUCCUCUCUAGUUCCCUCGCUCCAUCUCUCUCUCUCCGUCAUAACUCUCUCUAUCCCUCCGUCGGACACUCACUAUGGCUCCGGAGGGGUCAUCAGUGCUGCUGCCCGUCGUCGCUAUGGCACUGUUACUAUGGACGCAGGGGGUUGAAAGCGCGGCAAUGGGCGACGGGACAGGCAGGCACAGAGGAGGUGGAGGAGGAGGAGGAGGAGGAGGAGGAUGGAGGUGGAAAGGUGACAAGAGCCGAUCAAGACUUCGCCAGGAGGACUUCCCUCCCCGGAUAGUGGAGCACCCCUCCGACCUGAUCGUGUCCAAGGGCGAGCCGGCCACCCUCAACUGCAAGGCGGAGGGCCGGCCCACCCCCACGGUGGAGUGGUACAAAGAUGGAGAACGCGUGGAGACGGACCGUGACAACCCGCGCUCGCAACGAGUGCUGCUGCCCAGCGGAUCGCUCUUCUUCCUGAGAAUCGUCCACGGCCGCCGCAGCAAGCCCGACGAGGGAUCCUACGUCUGCGUGGCAAGAAACUACCUUGGCGAAGCCGUCAGUCAUAAUGCAUCGCUGGAAGUAGCAAUUUUGAGGGAUGACUUCAGGCAGAACCCCACGGACGUGAUGGUGGCGGCAGGGGAGCCGGCGGUGUUGGAGUGCCAGCCCCCCAGAGGCCACCCGGAGCCCACCAUCUCCUGGAAGAAGGACAGCGUCAACAUCGACGACAGGGACGAGAGAAUCACGAUCCGAGGAGGGAAGCUGAUGAUCACCAAUGCGCGGAAGAGCGAUGCGGGGAAGUACGUGUGUGUGGGUACCAACAUGGUGGGCGAGAGGGACAGCGAGGUCGCUGAGCUAACCGUCCUAGAGCGUCCCAGUUUUCUCCAGAAGCCCAGCAGUACGUCGGUGCUGGUGGACCAGAGUGUGGAGUUCAGGUGUGAGGCCAAGGGAGACCCCGUGCCCACGCUACGCUGGAGGAAAGACGACGCUGAACUGCCCGCUGGAAGGUAUGAGAUCAACGAGUACCACACGCUGAAGAUCCGGCGUUUGACGUCGGGCGAUGCGGGAACCUACACCUGCGUGGCCGAGAACAUGGUGGGCAAAGCAGAGGCCGAGGCCACACUCACCGUCCACGUAAAAAGCAUGCCCCCGGUGUUUGUGCAUCGUCCGCGUAACCAGGUGGUUGCGUUGGGCCGCACGGUCACAUUCCAGUGCGAGGCCACCGGCAGCCCCCAGCCCGCCAUCUUCUGGCAGAGAGAAGGCAGCCAGAACCUGCUCCUGUCCUCCCAGCCCCAGCAGCCCAGUAGCCGCAUCUCCGUGUCCCAGUCGGGUGACCUGACCAUCACCAGCGUGGAGCGCUCCGACGUGGGCCAGUACAUCUGCCAGGCCCUCAACAUCGCCGGCUCGGUCAUCACCAAGGCCCUACUGGAGGUCACCGAUGUCAUAUCAGACAGACCCCCUCCGGUGGUCAAGCAGGGGCCGACCAACCAGACGGUGGCCGUGGACGGCACAGUAACUCUGGGCUGCCAGGCGUCUGGUAACCCCCCUCCCAAGAUCCUGUGGCGUAAGGAUGGGCUGCUGGUCACCACUCAUGACUCCAGGGUCAAGCAGCUGGACUCUGGAGCACUGGAGAUACGCUAUGCUAAGCUGGGUGACACUGGCAUGUACACAUGCACGGCCUCCAGUGCGAGUGGGGAGGCUUCCUGGAAAGCAUACCUGGAGGUGCAAGAGUUUGGUGUGCCAGUGCAGCCGGUGAGGCCUACAGACCCCAACCUGAUCCCCAGCGCCCCGUCUAAGCCGGACGUCACCGACGUGUCCCGCUCCUCUGUCACCCUCAGCUGGAAGCCCAACCUCAACGCCGGGGCCACCCCCACAUCCUACAUCAUAGAGGCCUUCAGCCAUGCCUCUGGCAGUAGUUGGCAGACCCUGGCCGACCAUGUCAAGACAGAGUCCUUCGUCCUCAAGGGCCUCAAGUCCAGUGCGGUCUACCUCUUUCUGGUGAGGGCCGCCAACGCCUACGGCCUCAGUGACCCCAGCCCCAUCACAGACGCUGUCAAAACCCAAGACAUCCCUCCAACCAGCCAGGGAGUGGACCACCGUCAGAUCCAGAGGGAGCUGGGUGCCGUGACCAUCCACCUGCACAACCCCACCAUCCUCUCCUCCUCCUCCGUCAGGGUGCAGUGGACGGUGGAGCAGCAGUCCCAGUACAUCCAGGGCUACAAGGUGAUGUACAGACACCAGCUGGCAGAGGGGCAGCCCAAGGGGGACUGGGCCGUGUUCGAGGUGCAGGCCACUGGGCAGGACAUCGCUGUGGUGCCCGGCCUGAGGAACGGAGCCACCUACGAAUUCAAAGUGCGCCCCUACUUCAACGAGUUCCAGGGGACGGAUAGUGACACCAAGCUGGCCAAGACCUUGGAAGAAGCCCCAGGCGCGGCCCCUCGGGAUGUCACCGUGAACGCCAGCGGUGACAAUGGCACUGCCAUCCUGGUCUCCUGGCAACCGCCUCCCGAGGAGGAGCAUAACGGCCUGGUCCUGGAGUACAAGGUCUGGUGCCUGGGCAAUGAGAGCAAGUACCACAUCAACCGCACGGUGGAUGGCGCCACGCUGUCGCUGCUGAUUCCAGGUCUGGCCCCUGGGGUGCGCUACAGCGUGGAGGUGGCCGCCAGCAACAGCGCUGGGCCGGGGGUCAAGAGCGACAUCACCUACUUCCAGCUCGAUGAGGGUGGUCUGGUGCGGCCGAGCGAGGACCCGGAGAACACCCUGUCUCAGCAGAUCUCCGACGUGGUGAAGCAGCCGGCCUUCAUCGCGGGCAUCGGGGCCGCCUGCUGGAUCAUCCUGAUGGUGUUCAGCAUCUGGCUCUACCGCCACCGCAAGAAGAGGAGCGGCCUCAGCAGCAGCUACGCCGGCAUACGCAAGGUUCCCUCCUUCACAUUCACUCCCACAGUUUCCUACCAGAGAGGGGGAGAGGCUGUCAGCAGUGCCGGAAGGCCGGGGCUGUUGAACAUGAGCAGCGACUCUGCCGCGACUCAGCCGUGGCUGGCCGACACCUGGCCCAACAGCUGCUCCAACCACAACGACUGCAGCAUCAACUGCUGCACCGCCGGCAACGGCAACAGCGACAGCAACCUGGCCACCUACAGCCGCCCCGCCGACUGUAUCGCCAACUACAACAACCAGAUGGAGAACAAGCAGACCAACCUGAUGCCGCCCGAGCCGGGCAUGUACGGCGAGGUGGACCUCUCCAAUAAGAUCAACGAGAUGAAGACCUUCAACAGCCCCAACCUGAAGGACGGCCGCUUCGGGCCCGGAGGAGCGCCCACGCCCUACGCCACCACCCAGCUCAUCCAGUCCAACAUCCUAGGGAACAACCUUGGUGGUGGUGGUGGAAGUGGAGGAGGCAGUGGUGGAGGCAACAGUGGGGGAAGCGGAGGGGGCAUGGGGGGUCUGAUGGGGGACAUGAAUGAGAAGCACUGCUGGAAGCCCUCUCCGGGCAGUCAAAAGCAGCUGCAGCAUCCGGAUGUCAGCUCCACCACGCAGAUGCAGUACAACGUCAUGGAGCAGAACAAACUGAACAAGGACCACUACCGAGGUGGGGAGAGUCCCAUGCCGGCCACCAUCCCCUACAACCAGGGCCCCGAGCCCAGCACCGGCUCCUACAACAGCUCCGACCGCGGCACCAGCAGCACCUCAGGGAGCCAAGGACAGAAGAAGGGAACGCGGACGCCCAAGCUGCCCAAACAGAACACAAUGAACUGGGCCGACCUUCUCCCGCCUCCGCCUGCCAACCCCCCUCCCUGCGACAAGUACUCACAUCUCACUAUGGACGACAGUUAUGAUCAGGACAUGCAGUGCCCGCUGCCCCCGUCCCGCAUGUACCUGCAGCCGGACGAGCUGGAGGAGGAGGAGGACAUGGAGAGGGGCCCCACGCCCCCCGUCAGGGGCGCCGCCUCGUCCCCCGCCGCCGUCUCCUACAGCCACCAGUCCACGGCCACGCUCACGCCCUCACCCCAGGAGGAGAUGCAGCCCAUGCUGCAGGACGCCGGGGACGGGAUGGGGCCGCACGACCGCAGACGUCACGUGGUGAGCCCCCCUCCCCCUCCGCGACCCCUCUCCCCCCCUCACACGUACGGCUACAUCUCCAGCCCCCUGGCCCUGGACACGGACGGCAUGGAAGAGGAAGAGGAGGAGCUGGAGGAAGAGGAGGACGAGGCCGAGGAGGAGGCAGACGAGACGGACGCAGAGGUGGCCAAAGUGCACCGCCACCACCGGCGCCAGCGUCCCCAGCCCCACACCAACCCCCACCAGCAUCCGUCCACCAACCCCCACCAACACCACCCACAACACCCCCACCAGCAGCAGCUCCACGGCCAGGCCCACACCACCCCGCACCCGCACCAGCACCACCCCCACCAGCUGGCCCAGCGCCGGCUGCUGCUGCCCCCGCGCGGCCUGGAGCAGCAGACCCCGGCCUCCAGCAUGGGCGACCUGGAGAGCUCGGCCACCGGCUCCAUGAUCAACGGCUGGGGUUCGGCCUCCGAGGAGGACAACGCCUCGUCGGGCCGCUCCAGCGCCGUCAGCUCCUCCGACGGCUCCUUCUUCACGGACGCCGACUUCGCCCAGGCCGUGGCGGCCGCCGCCGAGUACGCGGGGCUGAAGGUGGCCAAGUACCCGCACCCCCACCAUCACCAGCCACACCACCUGGAGCAGCACACCACACCCGGAGCACGAAAAUACCAAAUGACCCCAUCAGGCCACCGUCCGAGCAGCCCUGUGUCCACCGACAGCAACAUGAGUGCGGCGCUGAUGCAGAAGAGGCCCCCCAAGAAACACAAGCAGCAGCACCUUGCCAACCACCCUGCACACCGCCGGGAACCCUACACAGACGACCUGCCACCCCCACCUAUACCCCCGCCGGCUGCCCUCAAGUCCCCCACGCAUCCCUCCAAAGCUGGGCUGGAUGGCCGGGGCGGGCUGCCCCCUAAGGGGAGCUCCAGUGCAGAGAAGAGAGCUGGAGGUGGAGGAGGAAGUGGAGGUAGCGGAGGAGGCUAUCGCUCCAGGGACGGGUCCGAUACGCGCACCAGCUCAGCGGAGCGCCACGAGGGCCAGAAGGGGCAGAGGGGAGGGGGCAAGGCUGGCAGCAAGGGCCAGCAGCAUCAGGGUUCAGAGGACAUCCCGCCCUAUAACCGACCCCAGUUCCCAGCAGUCCACAGUCCACGGGAGCGAGACCCGGGCUCCUCCAGCUCGCUGUCCUCCAGAGGCUCUGGGGGCCGGCGGAAAGGAGACGGGGAGCAAGGAGGGGGGCGCCGGCCUGCCAAUCUGGGCCAUAACACCAUGGGAGCCUUCCAGCCUGGAGAGGAGCUAGAAUUAGAGAUGGUAGAGAGCUGAAGACGGGCCGACCAAGAGAGUCUCCCAUCGUGUCCUUCACAGGAAGUCACCAGAGAAGCCCUUCCUGUCUUCAUCUCUCCGUCGGAUUGUUUUUAAAAUAAAGAAGUCUCACUCCGCCGUGUUCACUGACAAACACACACACUAUAACUCGCCUUGUUGCCAUCAGGAAUACUGACCAGUUGUCCAUCUUUUGUUGAAAAAAAAAAAACAAAUAUCAUGUUCUAAGUCCAGUUGAGAAGAAAGAUGAUAUGGGGAAAUACAAAUAUAAAGAGAGAAAAAGGCAAACAACUGUGCUUUAGGAGGGAAAGGAGCUGUAGUACUUUAUGUUUUGAUUUUGAUGCAAUAUGGAGUGAUGUUUUUACUCCUGUGAUUGUUUCGACUUUACAGGCCCUGGCCAAGACCAUAGAAGGACCUUACAGUCAGGUGUUUCUGUAAUAAUAUAUUAGCUACAGGCAGAGACGGGAGUGGACUGUAUUGUAAAUACAAGUGUACACAUGUUUCUUAUUCUUUAAAAAAAAUAAUCCAUUGUGGUACUUCCAUUUUUUUUGUCCUCGUUUUUAUUUUUUGAAUAAUUUCUAAUGUUAUUAUGCCAGUAAAUAUAAUUAUUUUACCUUUCCCAUGCCCAUUGUAAAUUGUUAUAUCGUGUAACUGCCCUCGAAAAAGUGCCACAUUGGGAUCGCUCCUCUUCUUAUUUUUUUGUAAUGCACUGUUAUGGUUUUUUUUUUUCGUUGAUGUUGUUCAGUGUUGUUCGUCCUUAUUUGUUUUACUUUGGUUUUAAAAGCACAAUCACUAAACUUUAUUUUAAACCAUUUUAUCUAUUAACCUUUUUGUCUUACAUGAGGAAUACAGGUACGACAAAAGAGCCUUGUUUAUCCUGAUGAUGUAGGUAAAGACAAUAAGCUGUUUACCUGGGGGUGGAGGAGGAGGAGGAGGAGGAGGGAAGGGAGGAGGAAAAGGAAGAGGGAAACCCACUCCCUGCUGGCUACUCUGUCUCUGUCUCCCAUCAGUGACACAUUUCUUUUUAUUUUUAUUUUUUUUUUUUAAUUUCUGAAGAACCUUGUCUUUUUAUUUUUUUGUUUUCAUUUCUGCCUUACUUUCCAACGGCAAGUUACAAAAAGUCUAUCGCUCAAGUGACCUUGAGAUUGCAGCUUCGUUUUUUUCCCUUCCUUGGAAUGUUGUAUUCAUUCUUUCAUUCAUUCUCUUGUUUUUUUUCCCUUCGUCUUCUUCUUUCAUUUGACAAAUGCACUUAAAAGGAUGCUAAGGACAGGGAUGCAGCCAUCACCAUGGUGAUGAGGAGGAGCGGAUGGGAUUGGCCAGCAGAGAGUCUGUUUCCUGAG